AUGUCAGAGCUUCAAUCACUGCUAGACCUCAAUAGACUAUGGCUCCUAUCACUAGUGAACCUUGAAAAGGUUUCAGACACUGAAGAUGCAAGAAUGGCAAAACUUCAAGAGAAAGAAAAGCUCGAGACAUUGAUGUUGAGGUGGAAUAUGGAUGCUGGAAAUGCCAGUAGAAUAGAUCAUGAAGUACUUGAAACCCUCCAACCUAACCAGUGCCUGAAAACUUUGGAGAUUGUUGCGUAUGAAGGACAUGCAUUUCCAUCUUGGAUAACAAGCACUGAGCCAUAUCUCACAUCUCUGGUUGAGAUAAGGUUGGUUAAUCUGAGAUCAUGUGAAAAUGCUUUACCUCCACUUGGGCUACUGCCAUGUCUGAAGAUUGAAGUGGAGAUAAGCCGAGUUGAGAAUAUCAGUUGUAUUGACGAUAAUUUCUAUGGUCAGAACGGUACAUUUCCUUCAUUGGAGAAGCUGAUUCUCUCAUUCAUGACUAGCCUUGAAGUCUGGGAACAGUCAUCUAGGAUGAAUCUGUUUCCUCGUCUUGCAGAACUUGUCAUCAUUCAGUGCCCAAAAUUGAGAGCACUGCAUAUGGAGUUUCCAUCGAUUGAAAAAUUGAUUUUGUGGAUGAAUAAUAAGAUGUUGUACAGCUCGAAGGAAGGUCUGAGAGGUGUAGAGAAGAGCCUCGAAAAUCUUUCAAUUUCUUUCUGUGAAGAGUUGCAUGCUUCUUCAGGCUGUGAGGGUCUACAGGCUCUUGAUCGCCUCAAGAAGUUGGAGAUAUGUGGUUGUCAUGAAUUGUCAUGCCUCCCACAGGGUUUGCAGCAUCUUUCCUCUCUCGCCAGCUUGAAAAUUGAUAACUGCAACAAAUUGGAGAUUUUGCCAGAAUGGUUGGAGAACCUACCUUUUCUACAGAUAAUGUGUUUGUCUGGCUGUCCAAUUCUGCACUCCAUUCCUGAAGGCCUAACAUGUAGCGACAUUAUUGUUGAAUAUUGCCCCAAUUUUAAAGAACCAUCAGGUAUGUCAUCAGUGCUCUGUUCAUGGAAAGCCAUGUUUCUGAUUUUCAUUGAGCUAUUCUUAAAGCAAUUGAACUAG